AUGACCCAUAUCUCGCUCCCCACCCAUCCUGAUGACCCAUACCUCGCCCCACCCAUCCUGAUGACCCAUACCUCGCCCUCACCCAUCCUCAUGACCCAUACCUCGCCCUCACCCAUCCUGAUGACACAUACCUCGCUCCCCACCCAUCCUGAUGACCCAUACCUCGCCCCCACCCAUCCUGAUGACCCAUACCCGCCCUCACCCAUCCUGAUGACCCAUACCUGCUCCCCACCCAUCCUGAUGACCCAUACCUCCUCACCCAUCCUGAUGACCCAUACCUCGCUCCCCACCCAUCCUGAUGCCCAUACCUCGCCCUCACCCAUCCUAAUGACCCAUACCUCGCCCCCACCCAUCCUGAUGACCCACACCUCGCCCCUCACCCAUCCUGAUGACCCAUACCUCGCCCUCACCCAUCCUGAUGACCCACCUCGCCCCACCCAUCCUGAUGACCCACCCUCGCCCUCACCCAUCCUGAUGACCCAUACCUCGCCCCCACCCAUCCUGAUGACCCAUACCUCCCUCACCCAUCAUGAUGACCCAUACCUCGCCCUCACCCAUCCUGAUGACCCAUACCUCGCCCUCACCCAUCCUGAUGACCCAUACUCGCCCCCCACCCAUCACGACGACCCAUACCUCGCCCCCAUCCAUCCUGAUGACCCAUACGCCCCCCACCCAUCCUGA